AUGCUGAGCUGUACAGACACCCCAGCAGCCCAGCAAACGGCGCUGCCCCUAGCGGAGAUCAGCAGCAGACAUGGAAGAGGAGGGUUUAACCCCUACGUCAACAACGGGGGGACGGUGGUUUGCGUGGCUGGGGAGGACUUUGUGAUUGGCGUUGGAGACACUCGGCUGUCUGUGGGCUAUUCCAUUCACUCUCGCCACCACUCCAAAAUCACCCAACUGACUUCGCGCUGCUGCAUUGCUUCCUCGGGGAUGCAGGCGGACAUAAACACUCUUCACAAACUGCUGAAGGCCCGCGUCGCGGUGUACAGACACCUCCACCGCGCGGAACCCUCCGGACCCGCUCUUUCGCAACUUCUUUCUUCACUUCUUUACUCCCGCCGUUUUUUCCCCUUCUACACUUUCAACCUUCUCUUUGCCCUCGACGAAGAAGGCAAAGGCGCGGUCUUUGGCUACGACGCGAUCGGCUCCUUCGAAAGAUCUUCUUUCAACGCCGCCGGCACUGGAGGGCCUCUCGUGACUGCACUGCUGGACAAUCAGAUGCCUCUCGUGACUGCACUGCUGGACAAUCAGGGAAAAAAGAAAAAAAGAAAUGAGGAAAGGAAGAAGAGAGAAAGGAAAGAAAAAUAA